AUGAAUGACCCCCAUAAAGACUACCUCAAGUAUGACCGACAUGAAUUUGACAAAGCUGACAAUCGAGGCGAGCAAGCCUCUUGCGACAGAUACCAGCCCACGAGCGAAGCGCGCGAGACUGCCGUCCUUGCCGAAGGACAAUAUGCAGGCCCAAGUGGCGAGAAUGCUGCUUGUCCUGUGAACGAACAUGCCACCACAGGCGAGCGCCUAGCAGCUGAGCUACUUCAGUACUGGCUCGGUGGGCUGCAUGGCGAGGCAUUCGAGACACGAAGUCGCAAGCACAAACGCAAGCAACGGGAGCAAUUUCCUGUCAUGUUUGGCCUCCUAGACGUGUUGACGAAGUACAACACUGCCUUGCAUAGAUCCGAACAUGAUGUGCUGGCCGAGCACAACGGCACAAUCGAAGACCGCCUGAGUCUGGACCAGGGCCGUCAACUCAGCGACUAUUUUGUCGCCGAGACCGAGCGACUUGAGGAUCUGAACCGUGAGCUCAAAGCACGACUCGAUGAAGCUACUGCACGUCUCACCUCGCUCGAGGAGGAGCAGAACGCGAACGAAGAACACAAUAUGCUCAAGCGGAUUCUCACACUUGAGAAGUCGAUCAAGGCCGAGAAGGAAGCUCGCAAUCAGUCAGGCGCUCGAAUCGCCGAACUCAACGACAAGCUAGCGGGAUUCAAAGCAAAGUGCAAAACGAGGCUAAAGUCCCUCGAGGGUGAUCGAGAUGCAAGCAACGAACAAGCCAUCGAAUUUAAGGAGCAGAUCAAGUCACUCUCCAGCCAAUGCGCUCUGAUUUGCACAUCCGUCCGUUCGACCUGCUUCGCACUCUGGAAACGCAGCAGCUCUCGCGCUGAGCGAUAUCUAGACGAAGCUGAGGACGACAUCAGACUAGCGGAGGGCCACGAGCCGCGAUAUUCUCGCAAGAAGUAG